AUGUCUCUUCCUACCGCACCACUCGGUCGCAACGGCCCCCAAGUCAACCGCCUGGGACUCGGUCUCAUGGGUCUCUCCAUCUCCUACGGACCUGCCAAGCCUGACUCCGAGCGUCUAGCUUUGCUCGACUAUGCUCAUGAGCAGGGCGAGCGGUUUUGGGACACUGCCGACAUGUACGGCGACAGCGAGGACUUGCUGGGAAAAUGGUUCCAAGCCAACCCCUCCAAGCGCAACGACAUCUUCCUCGCCACCAAGUUCGCCAUCAAGAAUUACGGCGCUGAAAUCGAUACGUCCCCUGAAUACGUCAAGCAGGCUUUUGAAAGCUCGCUCAAGCGCCUGGGUAUCGACCAUGUCGAUCUUUACUACUGCCACCGCGUAGACGGAAAAACUCCAAUCGAACUCACCGUGCAAGCCAUGGCCGACCUGGUCAACUUGGGUAAAGUCAAGUACCUCGGACUCUCCGAAGUCAGCUCAGACACGCUGCGGAGAGCGUACAAGGUGCACCCGAUUACCGCGGUGCAAGUCGAGUAUUCGCCCUUUGCACUUGAAAUCGAGAGCAAGCAGACCGAACUGCUCAAGACAUGCCGCGAGCUGGGCGUCGCAGUCGUGGCGUACUCGCCGCUGAGCCGCGGCAUGUUGACGGGCGCGUACAAGAGCCCAGACGACUUUGAAGAGGGCGAUUCCAGGCGCUAUGCGCCCCGCUUUAGCAAGGAGAAUUUCCCAAAGAACCUCAGGCUUGUGGAGAAAAUCGCCGAUAUGGCAAAGGCAAAGGGUGUUACCUCCGGGCAGCUGACGCUCGCGUGGCUCAUGGCGCAGGGCGACGAUGUGUUCCCUAUCCCCGGUACGACGAGGCAGGAGCGUCUGGCGGAAAAUAUUGGCAGCUUGAAAGUACAGCUAAGCAAAGACGAGGAACAGACUAUCCGUAAGGCGUCUGAAGAGGCGGAGAUCGGUGGUGGAAGGUAUCCUGAUGCCUUCAUGAAGCAUUGUUUUGGUGACACUCCGCCCCUGGAGCAGAACAGCGGUGCGGGUAGCAGCAGCGGAGCCGCGGAUAAACCUACCAGAUCUGUGGAUGUCAUGGGCGGCACAUAAUAAUUCACGUUGCUACACUUUAUGCAUGCUUGUAAAUGAUCGAAUUGAAAACUACUCAAGCC